CGUCGGAUGCACUCAAGUGACAAAAUUAGUGGGGGAAAAUUGUUGCUAUUGCUUCGUAGCUGUCGCAAGUCCAAUUACAGGCUUGGGCUGCCACCCAAAGACCAAAACUACGACUCCAAAGCGGCGACAGUUUUCCUCGAAGCCUGAUGAUGACAAGUCGCUGGCUGCUAUUGAGUUUGCUCCUCUACUGGGGUGGCCAAGAGGUCUCCUCGGGUGUGAUGGACAACUUUAAUGAUGGCCUGAAGAUGGCUGGCCAAAUGUUUGGCAUUAACACGGCCGCAGAUGUGGCCAAUCUGGUGGCCAAGGCCUUUGCGGGCCAAUCAAUGACUAACGUACCCAACCUGAUAAGCUAUGUGCAGAAGAGCUUUCAAGGGCCACAGGAUUACCACGAAGAGGAGCAACCGGAAGAGGAUCAAUCGGAGCAGCAGUCGGAAACGGAAAAUGCCCAGGAAGAGCCGCCGGCGGAGAACAGCACACGAAGACCUCCUCCUCCACCAAUAACCUUUGAUUCCGGGCAAAUCUUUACGAAUAUGCUGAGGAUGGUGGGAUUCGAUACCCGAAAACUGGGAGCACUUGCUUUGAAUGCCUUGAUUAUGGUGGCCCAAGCGAUUGGCAGUACUUUAGUGCAAGCUACUCGAGGAGGCAAAGGACCAUCGAUUGAUGCUUCGGAAUCCCUGUUCGAACCCAGCGACCAUCGACCCCGAUCUCUUUCCAUGGGCUCACCCAUCGAUUGGUUUAUGCAACGUUCCGAUAGGCAUAGCAAACGACUUAUUAGGGAUAUCAUGGAUCGGGAUCUGCCCGAAUACAUUGUGGACAUGAUCGAGUCCAAGGAGAAACCGGAAGAGGGAAGAAACGCUGGUUGCUUGAAGCUGCUUAUGUGCAAGGGCAAGCCCAUAAUUUGGGGAAUGCAGGAAUCGCUGAAGAAACGACUGGCUGGAGAACCUGGAGAGCCCGAAGAAGCCGAGGAAUCGGAUAGCUACUUUAACAAGCGAAUAUUCUUUAAGUAUUUGCCCAGUCUAAAGGAUUUCAGAGUGCAUAGUGCAUCCUGUGAAGCGAAAUAUCACGAGGAUUGUCCCAAAAAUGCUACUACCGGAAGUUUUUUUUAAGAGCACUUUAUCUG